CCUUCGGGGCGGGCCAGGAGGGGCGGGGCCUGCGGGCACGUGCGGCGCCGCACGUGGCCGCGUGGUGCGGGCCCUGAGCUGGGCUUGGCUUCCCGACAGCCGGCAGUUCAUCGGAGCCUCCCGGAGCAGCCGCAAUCAAGAUAAUCCAUGGAUGACACAAGAAGCAUCUCUUCCUGGGAGUCUUUCUAUUCAGUGGAAAGUGCCACCAGCGAAGAGGAGGAGGGCGAGGAAGAGCAGCUCCUAUCACCAAAGGGGAAUUUCAGAAUCUUCCUUCUCAGUGAUGGGAAGGAGGUGAGGUUGCCGAGACACCGAGGUUGCCUCAAUGGCUCAGGAUUCCUCCUCUUGCCUGGUCUGUCUGGUCAGGGACCCAAGCAGCCCUUUGGAUUGCAGCCUCCUGGCUCUGGCUGCCUCCGUGGCCCAGAGGGUCCCGGGGAGACAUUCCUUAGCCGCCGGGUCAGUCCAAACGGAAGCCUGCCUGGGCAGAGGGUGAACCGAAAGAGGGCUGAGGGCAGCGGUGGCUGCAAGCUUCAGAGCAGUGCCACAGGAGGCAGCCGUCCCCCUCUGUGCCCCACGGCAUCUAUGUCAUCGCCUGGGAUAAAGAGGCAGCGGAGGAAGGAAACAGAAGAGACCCUGCAUUCUCCCUGUUGGACGGAAGGGGACCAAGCCUUUGCACAAAAGUGCUGGGAACUCCAAGGCUUUGUCCGCCCCCUGUUGGAGCUUCUGAAUCGCUUGAAAAUGGGCUGCUUUGACCAAGGUCUAAGUAGUUUCCAGCAGAGCGUGGCCAUGGAUCGGAUCCAGCGGAUCAUUGGUGUCCUUCAGAAGCCUCAGAUGGGGGAGCGAUACCUGGGCACCCUGUUGCAGGUGGAAAAGAUGCUCAAGAUCUGGUACCCUCACAUCCCCUUGAAGGACUCCCAGGCCAGCUACAGUGUGUCAGCCAGGGAGGCAUGUGGGGCAGCAAAGUCCCUCUGUGUAGAAGACCAGAUCAUGGGAAGCAGAAGCCCAUCCAUCCAAGAUGACAUGCUGAGGCCUUUCUCGGACCUCUCUUCCUUAGAAGACCAUGAUGUUGGCACUCGGCAGGGAGAGCCAGUACCCAUGGGCAAUGAACCUGCUCUGAACCUGUCCUGGAUUCACAUGUUGCCCUUGAACCCUCUCUUAGGACAAGUAGACUUCAGUCAGAUGAACUCCACGCUUGGGCAGAUCUUGCUGGGGCCAAACACGAGCAAUUGUGGAGUGAUUUUCUUUCUCCAAAAGGUUAUGUUUGCACAAGCUGCUUCCAAGACUCUUGCACACGGCUGCCCUCCUGACAUGCUGUUCUCUGGCUCAGGGGAGCCACCUCGUUGUCAAAGCUUACCUGGUGUCCUGACAGCAAGCAGCUCCGCCCCCAGAGGAACUCUUGGUGGCCUCUCUUUGUUGCUGCCCCACUUGUCUGGGGAGAAGCUGGAGAGGAGCGAAGCAUCUAUAGGAAAACCUGUGAAAUGCCGUAGCUCCUGAUGCCCCAGCAGACAUGUCUCCCUGGACUUGCAGACCAUCUUUCCCCUUCACAAACUUUUUAAAAACUUAAAUGUUUCACAUAUGUUCAAGAGAAAGCAGAACUGUACAUGCCCUCAGGGUGGAAAACUUUAGUUUCAAUAAAGACACUGCCACAAUGGCUGUUGAUGA